CCUGUCUCUCUUGUCAUGUGCAUCUCCUAUGUUUUUCAUGCUUCCAAGCGAAUAAAUUAUCGUGCUGAGCACAGCGCGUACGGCUUUUGUUCACUACUUCUGCGAUAUCUCUCCAUCAGCAAAAGAACACCAUUUCUGCAACUGCGCCUUCUUUUCGUCUCAGAAUACUCUCUGUUCAAAACAAAUAGGAAAAGAUACCAUACUUGUUGCAUAGUAUCUCCCAACUACCGUAGGUGCACCAUCAGCUUAGAGCAAUUCACCAAAUCCUCCUUUCAAAAAGAGUGGACCUGGACAUAAUGGUUCCCAUACAAUUUCCGCAUCGUUCCCAGUCGCAGCCUCCAAUGUAUUCGCAUUCGAACCGUCAAGUGGGAUCCUCCCCUGACGAGAUGCAUUAUAGCAUGGAGAUGAAAGAUAUUGAACGCUCGAGUCAGCUCGAGGGAUCCCGCAACAACAAUGCCCAAAAGCUCCUAGACCAAGAAUGCCCGAUCGUGUGGCGAUGGGUUCCCUUCCAUGCAAAUCACGGCGACUCUGGCAUUUCUUCCUUGUCGCAACCGCGGGUUAUUUAUGCUACUUCCAAGAAAGUAGGAAAGCCCGAGCCCUCUCCAUUGCUAACAGGAGGAGAGCUGAGAGAGGCUCGAGAACUCCUAAUUCGAAGCAAGGUGAACUCUCUUAUCGAAGCAACGUCUGCCACGGAACCUUCCCCAUUGUCGCUUCGCAUCCCCCAUGUUCCAAGAAAUAUUCCUCCACACGUUAAUCUUGUGCGUCACACUCAACACCAAGUGCUUUUGGAGUCGCAAGGUGCAAGCGGCAAUGCCAGCAACGGCAUGAACUCGUCGUCCAAAAGAGCAGAAACAGCAGGAGGCGAACUUGAAGUUGCGAACUUGCUGCUCAACAUGGGUGGGGGAAGUUCUCCAAAGUCCGGAGAGACAGCCCAAAAGAAGAAACAAACCACCAAAAAAACCGCUUUGCCCUCAAGACCGAAAGGACAGACGGGAAAAUCUGCUGCGGAUAAGAAGCCGUCCUUGCUGGAGGAUACUUACCUUGACAAUUGGGUAGCGGGUUCUAUUUCAUUACACACUCCCGAAGACGACGAUGUUUUGUCUCCUCUCCAUUGCUUCAUGAGACGAUACUGUGUCGAGGCCUUUUCCGCUACUCCCGAAGAUGUUGCUACACCAAGAUAUGGAAAAUCGCACGGUUUCAAGGUUGAAGUUGGGCAAGUGGGGAUCCGUUGUCUACACUGCAAGGACUUGCCUCCCAGCAAACGAGCCGAAAGGGCAGUUUGCUAUCCCAGUUCAUUGCGAAAUAUUUACCACUCGAUCGAAACCUGGCAACGCCGCCAUAGUCUGGUCUGCAAGUGCAUCAAUCCUUGGGUUCGCAAAAGUAUUUUGGAGCUCAUGGAAUCCUCCAAAACCCGAGCGGGUGGGCGACGCCAGUAUUGGGAAGAUUCAGCACGGUAUGUUACGGUGUGAUGGGUAUGCUUUGCGAUUUCGUGAACUACUUUUAGAUAUAUAUGGUCUCUAAUUUGCUUGGUCGUCGGUUAUUCUUCGUUUCUGCUACUUUUUAAUUGACAGCCGCCUCGGUAUGGUGGAUACAUCUCAGGGUGUUCGAUUCUGUCGCAAACCUGGUGAUCUAGGUCCUAUUCCAUCUCCGGGGAGUGGUCGCUUGCCAGGAGAGCCGGACGUGCCACAGCACGAACCAGAAAAAAUUGUACGAAAAGAAGACAAGGACCUCGUUACAGAUUAUCUCUUUUUGCUCAUGGAUCAAAUGCAAACCUGUCAAUUCACAGAAGAAGACAGGACGGGAGGUCGUAGCAAAAUCAAGGACAACGAAGUUGGCUUUCCUGGGAUGGAAUGCCGUCAUUGCCAAGGUCGUGCGGGAUUUGGACGGUACUUUCCUUCGUCAGUAGCUGCCUUGAGUUUGGCCAAUUCUGAUCGGAAUGUCUACAACCAUUUGCAAAAAUGUCGAAAAUGUCCCGAGAGCGUUAAGACAGAGCUAAUUCGCCUUCAGAAGACCCAAGCGCAGUCCAAGAAUCGUAGGGGUUUGCGAAAGCUCUUUUUCAAUCGGAUUUGGAAAAGAAUGCACAAGGUUGACAAGGACGACAGCGAAAACUCCCGUCCAUCGGAGUCGGGUUUAGUCGGGAGACAACAACUACCUCAAGGACGUCCUGGUGAAUUCGUACAGUACAGCUUUUCUCAGCUACCCCCUGCAAUCAUGAAUCAUUCCUACCAACAUACUAUGCAUCCUCAGGUGGCGGUCCACAAUUUUAGGCGAUAUUGAUCUGUUUUUCGAAUUCAGCGCGCUAGUACUCCAUCGUACUGAGCUCAUGGAAUAAUAUUGGCGUUCGCCACAAAAGGGGAUGAGUCUAUAUCCAUAUACUUGCAUCAGAAAAUUGAAUUCUGCAUAUCUGUAUAUAUAGAGCCGACAAUAGUCACAAGAUACAAAUUCAAAUACAAAGAGACACCGCAUUAUCUCAGCUUACACAACUAAAUAAAAAACUGCAUAAUAU